AUGAAGCCCGUCUCUUUCGUCGCAUACCCUCUCGCAACCAUCGCCCUCACACUUGCCACGUCUGCGCAAGCCCGCCCCUUCGACAGCAUCAUCCAGUCGUUCAGCAUCCUCAGCGAACAGUCGCCUCUCCGAGACUACAUCAUGAGCAAUCCUGAAGGCCAGGCGACUACUGGCGUCAUCAUAUCCGAUGUCAUCGGCAAGACGCAGAACAUCGCCAUCUUCAGCGGCUUGACACGUGACAUCGACGCAGUCUCCGGCCGCCUCGACAACGCCUCGCAGAAUGCCACAGUGCUGGCUCCGAACAACAGCAUCAUGCGCGACCUGAAGAGGAAGCCCUGGGAAGACCCCGACGACUACGACAGUUUUGGCGCAGACGCGUACGAGGGCACCAGCGGCCAAGACCGGGCGCGGGGCAAUCUUGAGCGCUUUGUUCAGCGCCACAUCAUACCGGAGAGCCCAUGGGAGGAGGGCAAGAAAGUCAAGACGCUUGCCGGCAAUGAGAUUUGGUGGGAAUCCAAAGACGGCCAAAAGAAGAUUCAACCUGCUGACGUUGAAGUGACCAGCAUCGCCGACAAGGUAUCCAAUGGCGAGGUUUGGGUUCUUGGAGGCUCUCUCGGAUAG